AUGCUGAUGCAUUCGCUCUUGGCCCUCGAUGCUGCCCAGGACGAGCUGCGGGCGUGCACCGGCCGUCGUGCCUCAGACGCCCCGCCCCAGGGACAGGAUGCCGCUAUCGCGAUUAGGGCUCUUUCCGCCGAAGUUACCGUCAUCCAGGAGGCGGCCGACAGGUGGAGCGACAUGGCGGAGAAGAUGGUGGAGAGGCUGACGACAAGCCGCCAUCCCACGACGUAA